AUGGAUGAAAGAAAUCAAAUUCGUCUAAAAGUGGAAUACGCCGAUUAUACCCAAAACUAUGAGGACAUGGUUGUGGCAUUAAAACAGCUUGUGAAGCUCGAUCCCAGACUAAGUAAUGAUGAAAUCUUUUAUCUCUCUGUUGCUUAUGAAGCAAUCUUAGCUCAAAAAGAGAAGGGCUUAAGUGAAUUGUCCAGCACGUCACCGUAUUCAUAUCAUGAGAUUAGAAAAGCUAGAAAUAAUUACAAAAAUUUAUGCAUAGAAUUUCUUUACAUGAUUAACCUACAACUACUUCCCAAUGCUGUGUCUUCAUAUCAAGAAAUGAUGUUGUAUAGAUUACUUGGUGAGUACAAUUACAAUUUGGUAAAUAAUGAAGAUGAAGACGACGAAGCACGUAACGUUUAUAUAAAAGCAGCAAAUGACAACUUAAAAAAAGGAUUCAAGAUGGCAAGACAAAAUUUGGGUCAUGCAAAUCCUCUUCGAUUAGCCUUAGCUUGUAAGUUUGCUGAUUUUAAAUACAAAAUAUUGCAUGAGUAUGACAUUGCACUGGAUAUACUUGAGGACGAGUACAGUGCUGCUUUCCCACUUAUGACAAGUUUGUCAGAAGAAGUUUUGAAGUCUGUGACUGUUUAUAUGGAAGCAAUCGAGCAUAACAUACAAGUAUGGGUAGAUGAAAGAUACGCCUCGAUGUCUGAAAAAUUAGAUAAUUAA